GUGUGGGCGGGUUCAUUCCAAGCUAAACUGUAGCACAUUUACGUCUCCGACAGCGCUCACCUGCAAGCGCAGCCCCACACAGUGAACCCAGUUGUAAACCGUUUUGAUUGUCCAGCCAGAUAUAGUGUCAUGGCAUCUCCACUGAGGAGUCUUGUUUACGACGAUAACCGGUACCAGAAGGCCUUCCAUCUUUUUCUGGAGCGUUCUUCGGAACAUCAGUGUAUGCAGGACUUUAUUCACAACAUCCUGCCCGACAUAGUCGCCAGCAUUGGAAAAGGGAAGUCCCAUCUUAACGUCAUUGGAGUUGGAAGUGGGGAUGGUCGCAUUGACUUAGAAAUGUUCUCGGAGCUCCGGCUGAAGCACCCUGGGGUGACGGUGGCCAACGAGGUGGUGGAGCCCAGCAGCCAGCAGCUUCAUAGCUACAAAGUGUUGGUGUCACAGAAGUCAGACUUGGAUUAUAUCACAUUUCAAUGGAACAAAAUGAAUGCCUCUGAAUUUGAAGAGCAAUGGAAGUUAAAGCAGACACCAAAGAAGGCUGACUUCAUUCACAUGAUUCAGAUGCUCUACUAUGUCAAGGAUGUUGAAGCGACUGUAAAAUUCUUCCGGAGUCUUCUUGACAAGAAUGGGAAGCUUCUCAUUAUUCUGGUGUCUGGUGAGAGUGGUUGGGGAAAGUUGUGGCGAACUUUCAGGAGUCAGAUCUGUGCCUGUGAUAUAAGUCAGUGUGUGACCACGGCAGAUGUGAAAAGCAUCCUGGACUCAGAGGGAGUGCAGUAUCAGAGCUACGUGCUUCCUUCUCAGAUGGAUAUCACCGAGUGUUUCACCGAAGGUGACGAGAGUGGAGAGCUUCUGCUCGACUUCCUCACCGAGGUGGAUCACUUCAGCCAAACAGCAUCGCCUCAGCUGAAAGCAGACAUCAUGAAGUUAUUGCAAGACCCGGCUUGUUCCCGGUUGGCAGACGGAAAAGUUGUUUUCAAUAACAACCUUGAGGUGAUAGUUGUUGAUUCAGCCACAUAGAAGUUAUUGUGGAUCCAAUACUGAUGUUUAAAAUAAACAAAAAAAUAUGUGUUAAAGCGGGAGUUUGUAGUUUUAAAACCACUAGGCUGACAUCUUCAGCGAGCACAAAGAAAUAAUGUGCCGACAAUGGCAGACAACAAUUUAAGCAGUGUCUGAUCAAGCUACGAUAGCAAUUUAUUUACAUUCAAGUAAGUAUGCAGUAAUUUGGUAUUAAAGAAAAAGUUGUUUUUCUUUAAAAAAAAAAAAGCACAAUAUUGUGGCAAAAUUUGCAUCGGCCAACAGCAGAUUUGUUAGUUUUUACAGGAAACCCACCAUUUUAGCUUGUUGGAGGGACCUUUUAAUUUUUUUUUUUUGUUUAAAUCCCUAUUAAUAGUGAUUGUACAUAUUGUGCAAAUAGUGGUAUAGUUAUAAUUAGCUUGAAAUUAUCAAUUGUAUUAUUUAGAACAGAACAUGUUGUUAACCUGAAAUUUGAUCUGAUUUAGAAUGAAAUUUCAGUCAUAGCAAAUGAAGGAUGAAAGGAAUAAAAUGUCUUCCAUACACGCUUCCUUUGUUGUCAUUAGUUUGACCAUAGUCUAUUACAAUGCCAUUGAUGUUUCAACCCAAAAAUUGAGUGAUUACAUGGUGGUUUGAAGAGACUAAACCUAUUAUGAGUUCAAGCAUCAUCACCAAACCAGACUUAAGUUUUUCACAACUGGCACACAAUAAAUCUAUUUUUGGAAUUUGAUCAUGUGGCAUUCACACCCCUUAUUUUCUGUUGGAAGAAGGUGAAUAUCAACAAAAUGGUGGCGCCCUAAGAUGAAUUCAUCGAUUUGUCAUUCCACAAAUCAAUUAGAAUUUUUGGGGGGGCUAGCAAGCAUAAAUUGCACACUCACAUUAACACAGACACAGCUACAUCCUAUAAAUUACUUCAAUUGCCAGUUUAAUAAUUAUUUAAAUACAUAUAUCAAUUCUUUAAUGCUUCUAUACUUACUCGGAUAUUGAGGGAAGGCAAGCGGGGCCCCAGUGGCUGAAAAAUGUCAUUGCAUGUAAUUGGCUUUCCUAUCAAUUAAUUAAAAAUAAAGACCUAGCCAGUAAUUUUUUGUUUAUAAAUGUUGGAAAUGUUAAAUCAGGAAACGGUCGGAACUACUGUAAAUAUUUAGCUUAAUAUGCAAAUUCACAUGACUGGAGACUGGAAGUAGCUAAAUAAAAGCUGGAGCACACAAAAUACUCUUUAAAUGGUUUCUCCUAAAUAUGUAUUUUACCUAUAUAUAGUUAUUGUCACAAGGACUCAUGCCCAAGAGCAAUCUGCCACCGUUGAGUAGGUUUUAUUCAUUUUCAAAUAAGAUAAGCGGCCAACUUAGCACAAUGUCACUUACAGCUACAAAUCAGGUCAGAAACCUUGGCGUAAUUAUUGACUCAGACCUAAAAUUUGAUAGCCAUCUAAAGUCCGUCACUAAAUCCGCUUAUUACCACCUAAAAAAUAUAACCAGAAUUAAGGGGCUUCUGACUCAACAAGACAUGGAAAAACUUAUGCAUGCAUUCAUUUUCAGCAGAUUGGACUACUGCAACGGUAUAUUUACAGGUCUUGAUAAAAAAUCAGUCAGGAAGCUGCAGCUAGUACAGAAUGCUGCAGCCAGAGUCCUCACAAAUUCAAGGAAGCUGGACCACAUUACACCGGUUUUGAAAUCGCUACACUGGCUUCCAGUGAGUCAAAGGAUAGACUAUAAAAUACUACUGCUCGUCUACAAAACACUUAAUGGCCUUGGACCAAAAUACAUGCUUGACUUGUUAGAUUCCUAUGAGACAUCUAGACCCCUAAGGUCGUCUGGAACCGGUCUUCUCCAUGUUCCAAGAACAAGAACCAAGCAGGGUGAGGCAGCAUUUAGUUAUUAUGCUCCUCACCUCUGGAACAAGUUACCCGAACGUCUGAAGUAUGCUCAAACUGUUAGCUCCUUUAAAUCAGGGCUAAAAACGCUUUUGUUUAGCACUGCAUAUCCAUAACUGUCUAUAUAAUUCCAUCUAUCUGCUUUCUAUUACUCUUGUGCUUAUCUCCAUUGCUGAUUUCAAUUAUUAUUAGUAGUAGUAGUUUUUGUUUUAUUUUUAUUUAUUUAUUUUUAUUCUGUGAUUAAAUGCGAUCUUUUGUCUUGGUUUUUACGUUGUGUUGAUUUAAAUGUGAUUUUUAUGGUCUUCAUGUGAUGUAAAGCACUUUGAAUUGCCUUGUGUUGAAUUGUGCUAUAUAAAUAAAUUUGCCUUGCCUUGCCUUGCCUUCAAGCAACAUAAACUGACAGUCUGAGCUGCUCCACCAGCUUUUAUUUGGUUACUUCCUGUCUCCAGUCAUGUGAAUUUGCAUAUUAAGCUAAAUAUUUAGUUCAGACCGUUUCCUCAUUUAACAUUUAGGAUAUAGGAUAUAAAUUUAAGAUUUAAAUUAAAUAUUUUUUUAUGGAUUUAAACAAUCAGGUCCAAAACGUCUUAUUUAAAAAUAAAUAUUUAAGUUGCUAAACAAUGUUGUAAAUGUGCAAAACAAAGUGACUCUAAAAGUGUCACACUAUUUUAAACACUGUGUGGCGCUAAAUGUGAAAAAAAUGUUGUAAUUUCCAGCAUAUGCUGCUUUACAAACGGCGCCCCAUAUCUGCUCCCCCCAGGUUAGGGUGUAGUCCGGCUAUCCAGUGAGGUAAAUGAGUGCCUUUAAAGGGUUAAAUCCAACACUGUAGAAAAGAUGCAUUUUAAAGUCCCUGAACUCAUUGCAAUUCAUUGACUGGGAGAGCUGGCAAUGAUCAUCUAUCCAGUUAUAAUGGAUGUCACCCUCAGUGGCAGUGAAUGAGUUAAAGAAGUAAAAAGUGAGUGAAAGUAUGUCAGGGUGUGUCCUAU